GUCAAAAUGACCCUUUCUCCCACGAUGCGUAUCAGAAACCUCCCCAACAGGUACUGCGCCGCUCAGCUCCACUUACACUGGGGAAGCCAGAGGAAGGAUGAAGGAUCAGAACACACAGUCGGCGGGAAACGUUUUGCUGCCGAACUCCACAUCGUACAUUAUAACGCCGACCAAUAUCGAGACAUGAAUUCGGCUGCAGACAAGUCAAACGGACUGGCGGUUCUGGGAAUCCUGAUACAGGUAGGCAAGUUCAACCCUUCCUAUGAGAAGAUCUUCAAUCAUUUCCGGAAUGUGAAAUACAAAGGUCAGAACACGCCCCUCUCCGGCUUCAACAUCCGAAAAUUGCUUCCAGACAGACUGGACGAGUAUUACCGCUAUGAAGGAUCCCUGACCACGCCUCCUUGCUACCCAAGCGUGGUUUGGACGGUUUUCCGUGACCCCGUAGAAAUUUCACAGAAGCAGCUGCAGGCCCUUCAGACGGCGCUAUACUGCACACAGUCGGACGACCCCGAUCCCAUAGAAAUGGUGGACAACUUCCGAAGAGUGCAGGAAUUCGAAAGGAUGGUUUCCAUCUCCUUCCGACAACGAGAACCCAACGGACCGAGCCUAGGUUUUGUCCUGCCUAUUGUUGCAGCCAGUAGCCUCGUUGCGAUUGCGGUUCUGGCCCUGGCGCUCUGGCUGAUUCGAAGAACAAAGAGCAAACGGCCCAAGGAGGACCAAGGGGUCAUCUACAAACCGGCCAUCAGCAAAGAGGAGGAAAAUGUCUCUACGGCAUAAACACCUGCUUGGCUAUCGAAGCAGCCCCUCCGUUCAAGGUGCUGUCAAACGUUUGUGUGUCUGUAACAGCUCAACGCCCCCCCAAAACCCCUGUCUAUCUUGCCUUUUUCUAUCAAUCCAACUUGGGCUUUUGUUUAUCCUGAGCACAAGAACGGGCAGAGCUCUUUGCCCUUGUGCCAAUGAACGGGCAGAGCUAUUUGCCCUCGUGACGUGAAAGGACACGCCGUUUGCUCUCAGACAGAUGGAACCGGUACACAUCCCAAACAUGCGGCGACGUACGUACAGAACGGCCUAUCGGCAGCCGGGGGGGGGGAGCUCUGUUUAUGCUACAGUUCCGAAUGUGAGAUUUACAAGCCAGACCUCUUGCGCGCUGGCAAAAUUGGAAGAAAGCCAUUCACCCCCAUCUGCUGUGUAGGUGGAAGUCCCGCCAGCUAAAGGCAACGCUAACAGUCAGCCUGAAUGAUCGUGGUUAAAGAUGGGACUGAAAGAUUGGGGGAGGGAAAAGAGCACGCGGAUAUGAAGCCUGCUUGCGUUAAAAAUGGAAGGACAGCGAAGGACAGUGGGCCACCUCUCUGAAACAGCCACUGGUCUUGUUUGGUCAUCUUGACUAUUGGGGAAGGGAGCUAGGCAUAGCUGCUCUGAAUGUUCCUCUUUACGAAAAACCUCCCAGAAUUGUAAAGGCUGGCAGGCCAAGAAGGUCAGGCUAUUUAUUAUUUUGUUUUAUCACACUUUCAUCCCGCCCUAUCCCAAAGGACUCAGGGCGGGUGACAGCAAUUAAAGCAGCUAACGUCCCUCAUUCAGAGAAGCCAAUUUGUCCCAUGCUCUUUACCCAGGACAUCGCUCAGCUGGGAGAGCCCCCACCCAUCCUUAGUCGAAAGCAGAACAGACCAGGAGAAGCACACACUUCGAACGCCCACUCUGCCAUGGAGGCUUUCUGGGGGACCUCCGGCUGGGCACACCCUCUCAACCUAACCUACCUCACUGGGUUGCUGUGAGCACAAAUUGCAGGCGAGCAGCACAAUGUUAGCCACCUGGCAAGAGAGGUGGCCUAGAAAUGAAAUUAAUUAAUAUUCCCCGUAUGUUUUCGUCAGCCCUGGAGAACGUAACGGCUUGAUGCCUCCCCCAUUACAGUUAAUUUACUGUGCAGGUGGUAGCCACAGGGGCACCGAGGGAAGGGGACAUGCAUUUCCCUGCAUUUUGAUGCUUCAGAACCAAACCGAUUCUCCCAGGACCGUUGUCACCAAAGUGAAUUUCAAAAAAAGCAAAACUAACCCCGUUGGAGUGUUGUGGGGCUUCCGGGCUGUAUGGCCGUGUUCCGGUAGCAUUUUCUCCUGACGUUUCGCCUGCAUCUGUGGCU